CACGUGGUAAUGGUUCCCGGCACAAGUUGCCUCAUCUCAUCGUCAGCAACAUUCAAAUGGUGAUAGGAUAAAAAAGAAAUUUUUUAUUGAAGGUUUAAAGUUUGAGUUUCUUCUUUUUAUAAACUACUAACGUGAUAUUGGAAUAUGGCGUCGCAAACACCGCAAGAAAAGCAAGAUGAACUCGCCACGGCGAUUUUGAAACAAAAAGCGAAACCAAACCGUUUGAUUGUGGAUGAAGCUGUUAAUGAUGAUAACUCAGUUGUUACUUUAUCUCAGACAAAAAUGGAUGAACUUCAAUUGUUUCGUGGAGACACAGUUCUUGUGAAAGGGAAAAAAAGACAAGACACAGUUUGCAUUGUGCUCAGUGACGACACAUGUCCUGAUGAAAAGGUCCGAAUGAAUCGUGUCAUUCGACGUAAUUUACGAGUUAGACUGGGCGAUAUCAUAAGCCUUCAAGCUUGUCCAGAUGUCAAAUAUGGCAAGCGUAUACAUGUGCUUCCUGUUGAUGAUACUGUUGAAGGUCUUACAGGGAACUUAUUUGAUGUUUAUUUGAAGCCAUAUUUUCUGGAAGCCUAUCGACCCAUUAGGAAAGGGGAUAUGUUUCUAGUUCGAGGUGGGAUGCGAGCUGUAGAGUUUAAAGUUAUUGAAACGGAUCCUUCACCAUUCUGUAUUGUUGCUCCUGAUACGGUAAUACAUUGUGAGGGUGAACCCAUAAAACGAGAGGAUGAGGAGGAAUCAUUAAAUGAAGUUGGUUAUGAUGAUGUGGGAGGCUGUAGAAAACAGUUGGCACAGAUUAAGGAGAUGGUAGAACUACCUUUACGACAUCCUCAACUUUUUAAGGCUAUUGGUGUUAAACCUCCCAGAGGUAUUUUAUUAUAUGGACCACCAGGAACAGGAAAGACAUUGUUAGCUAGAGCUGUUGCUAAUGAAACUGGGGCUUUCUUCUUUCUCAUCAAUGGUCCUGAAAUCAUGAGUAAACUUGCUGGCGAGUCAGAAAGUAACUUAAGAAAAGCUUUUGAAGAAGCAGAAAAAAAUUCUCCUGCAAUUAUCUUUAUUGAUGAGAUUGAUGCAAUUGCUCCCAAGCGUGAAAAGACUCAUGGAGAGGUAGAAAGACGCAUAGUGUCACAAUUAUUAACAUUAAUGGAUGGUUUAAAACAACGUUCACAUGUCAUAGUUAUGGCUGCAACAAACAGACCAAAUAGUGUUGAUGGUGCUUUAAGAAGAUUUGGAAGGUUUGACCGAGAGGUUGAUAUUGGUAUACCUGAUGCAACGGGAAGAUUGGAAAUAUUACGAAUUCAUACAAAAAACAUGAAGUUGGCUGAGGAUGUAGACUUGGAGCAGAUUGCAGCUGAAACCCAUGGUUAUGUUGGUGCUGAUGUUGCCUCACUGUGCAGUGAAGCUGCUUUGCAACAAAUACGAGAGAAAAUGGAUCUCAUUGAUUUGGAAGAUGAACAAAUUGAUGCUGAAGUUCUUGAUUCCCUUGCUGUUAACAUGGAUGAUUUCAGAUAUGCCAUGGGUGCAUCUAAUCCUUCAGCACUUCGUGAAACUGUUGUAGAAGUACCAACAGUGACAUGGGAUGAUAUUGGUGGAUUGGAAACAGUUAAAAAAGAACUCCAGGAGUUGGUUCAAUAUCCAGUGGAACAUCCAGAAAAAUUCCUCAAGUUUGGUAUGACACUCAAAGGUGUUUUAUUUUAUGGUCCACCCGGCUGUGGUAAGACGCUACUUGCCAAGGCUAUCGCUAAUGAAUGCCAGGCAAACUUCAUCUCUAUCAAAGGACCUGAGUUAUUGACCAUGUGGUUUGGUGAAUCAGAAGCUAACGUUCGCGAUGUGUUUGAUAAGGCUCGAAGUGCUGCACCAUGUGUUUUGUUUUUUGAUGAAUUGGAUUCCAUUGCUAAACAUCGAGGGGGAAGCGCUGGAGAUGGUGGUGGAGCUGCCGAUCGGGUUAUUAAUCAAGUUCUCACUGAAAUGGAUGGAAUGAAUGCAAAGAAAAACGUCUUUAUAAUUGGUGCAACAAACAGACCUGAUAUUAUUGACGGUGCUAUAUUGCGUCCUGGGCGACUGGAUCAACUUAUAUAUAUACCUUUGCCUGAUGAAUCUUCACGUGUGUCCAUCUUAAAAGCUUGCCUUAGAAAAUCUCCAGUAGCCAAGGAUGUUGAUAUGAACUAUAUCGCUAAGGUCACACGUGGUUUUAGCGGAGCUGAUUUGACUGAAAUUUGUCAAAGGGCAUGCAAACUCGCCAUUCGUGAGUCUAUUAUGGCGGAUAUCGAUCGUGAAAGAAAGAGAAGUGAAAACGCUGAUGGAAUGGAUGUAGAAGAUGAUGAUGAUUAUGAUGCUGUACCCGAAAUUCGUCGUGAUCAUUUUGAAGAAGCCAUGAAAUUUGCUCGACGUUCGGUUACUGAUAACGACAUUCGAAAGUAUGAAAUGUUUGCUCAGACUUUGCAACAAAGUCGUGGUCUUGGAGGAUCCAAUUUUAGGUUUCCUAGUUCAACAGACGGUGGGUCAACAAAUGAGCCUGCGGGCAAUGCAGGUGGCAGCAAUGCCUACGAUGAUGGCGAUGAUGAUUUGUACAGUUAAAUUAUUUACUUUAGUUUUGUGUUUAGUACAUAGAUUAAAUGUGACUACGUAAAAAAUGCUUUGGAAGAAUACUUCAGUAUUUUUCUUUUUUAUUGGGAAUGUUAUACAAUGUGAUAUGUCCUCCAAUUUUUCUUCAUACAAACAAACAAAAAUAAAUUGCUUGUCUUUAUUA